AUGGUAGAUUUGCGUCAACAGUUGAAGCGAAAAGCAGAAACCAAUGUAACUUUAACACCAAAUAUAAACUCUACUAAAAAUUUAUCAAAAACUCAAAGUUUUAUAUUUGAUUCUGUUACUGGUAAGAAAGCCUUCUUGGGACAGUAUGCCAAUCCCAGCAAUCCAACAAAUGGCGUUAAGGCUGAAUAUGAAAACAUAUGUGCAAGUAAAAAGCUUGAUAUGUGUGGUGUUCUGUUAAAAUCAUAUGCGUCAAGACGAGAACUACAAAAGAAAAUCGCUACAACUCCUCCUAUGCUAAAUUUAACUUCAAAUCUUUGUGAAAAUGUACAACCUCGAAGUUGGACUGUUUCUGCAAAAGACAAAACACCUGGCAUGCAGUCGCUUUCACUCUUAAAUAAAGUGGAUGUACCGAAACAGAAUCUCACAAUAACACCUGGAAAGAUUGUUGAGUAUGCUACUGAUCAAAAACCUUUGGUACCUCUUGAUAAAACAUGGACUAAUCCAAUUAUAGGAUCUGAUAAGGUUCUUGGAUUGCCCUCAGUUGUUUCUAAAAAGGGAUUGUCCCGCAGCAAAGCAUUUGAUAAAGUUUUUUCUACCGUAACAUUCACCAAGCAAAUGUUGCAUACUAUCGAUGUGAUUGGUCAAGUCGAUGAUAAGUUCAUUGCGUGCGUGUUGAAGAAUGAAAGCAUGCUUGUUCUAGUUGACCAGCAUGCAGCUCACGAGCGAAUAAGAUUGGAAAAACUAUUGAAGCAAAUAGGGUUUUAUAAGAAUGAAUUGACUGAAAAGUCAAUUAAAAAUCAAGUGACUCGAUUAAACCCUCCAGCCCAUAUUUUGUUCGAACAAAAGGAUAUGGAGCUAGUAAUGCAUUACAGAAAAGAGUUUGGAGAUAUUGGAUUAAACUUUUCUGUUGUGAAGAAAAAGCAUAAUAAUUCAAUAAUGCAGAAAAUGCUACUUUCAAAUCUUCCUGCAAUGUUUGUAAAUGUUUGUGAGUCGCAGCUGGAGGCAAAAGGAAGUGUAGUGAAUAGCGAUUUAGUCAAAGAGUUCAUUUUAGAGCAGUUGAAUUAUUUAAGAACAGCAAGUGGAAGAUGUAACAUGUCUUCGACUACGAUAUUCAAGGUGCUUGCAUCACACGCUUGUCACGGUGCAAUAAAGUUUGGGGACAAGCUAUCGUUGAGCACAUGUAAUAAUAUCAUGAAGGAAUUGUCGAAAUGCGAUUUACCAUUUCAGUGUGCUCACGGUAGACCAUCAAUAGCACCAUUGUUGAAGUUAGAUAUGAUCGGGAAAUUGUCACAUUGCACCACACAGAAAUUGAAUCUAUCUAAAUUACGUCAGAACAUUGUUUAG